AUGAUGUCUCGAUCGGCUGUCAUUCGUGCACGUUAUAUACCGGAUGUACGAGGUGUUAACCGUUAUAAGCAUUUUCAUAGUCCAUUAAUAAUUGAGCCAGCUAAAAAUGCGGGUGGAAAUAUCGUCAGAGAACGUUUCAUUCAUGAGCUGCCACAUUUGCAAACAGGUGGUUCGAGUAGUCAUCCUGCUAGCGGUCGUUUCGAUUCAGAUCUAACAAAAUCAAACGAGAAUGGUGAUUGUUACUUGAAUGUUAAAGGCCUCAGUGUUCUAUCAUCUUCCUCGAACAUCUCAUCAUCGUAUGCUGGACUUGAUCACAUUAAUACAACCGCUCUAUCAGUAGCAGCAGCAAAAUCCUCUGACGAAUCACUGAAUCUCAGUAGCAGUUUACCGUUACUCGUCUCGACAACCACUAAACCGCUUUGGGCUAACAGCGGCAAUAAUAACUUGUUCUCAUCACUGCACAGUCGCACAUGUGCAGAUAGUAUCAGUGGUGGUGGUUUGAGGUCGAGUCUGUGUAAAUCAGCACAAAAUAUUUGCACAGAUGAAGAGCGUCAUAAACGACCGAAAGUACUCCGUAAGAGUCGUUCGUGUCGUUCAUGUCAUACGAAGCUGUCUGAUGCUGUCGAUUCCUCUUUAAAACAACAGCAACAAUCAUCGAUGAAUAGUACAAUGAAUGCGAAAACAAGCAUCUCGUUAUCACCAGAUAAAAGGAUAUUUGCAUCUAAAUCGAACAUUAGCAAUGGAAAUAUAAGCAAUAAUACUUCAUCAUCAGAUGAUACGAAGAAAAUGAUGGCACACUUGUCGAAAUCAGAUGAAAAACGUUUAUCACGUAUAACUGCUAGUACUACAUUUUCAAGUGCUACCAGAAUUGUACCACAUCAACAACACCGACAAAAAAAACAGCAAGAGCAGAAGCAACUCGUACAAGUUGACGACCAUCAGUCGAUUCAAGCAUCAUUGCAACAGAUAACAAAACAACAUUCGAAUGCUUCUAGAAAUCAGAAAAUUCGUUCACAAAGAAUGGUGAAUCGAAAAAACUUUGCAAUUUUAUUUGUGGAUUGUGCAUCUUCUGGUCGCGACAAAACGGAAUCAUCUGGCAAUUCGAACACGAAUCUUUCGUCAGCGAUCACCGAAACUCAGGGCACUCAAACAUCGGAGGUUGUCGAAGAAGAGAAGGAGAAGCAACAUCUUGGAGCAAUAGAGCUAGAUGAAGCAGUGAAGAAAGCAUUAAUUAGCGAACCGGUUAAUGAAUGUUCAUUAGUGUGUAAAGCAACUCAAACGCAAUUCGAUGAUCGUGUGUUAUUGGAUGAUGAUGAGCCUGAAGUGGAUUCGGACAAGUUGAUUGAUCAACGAAAAGAACUGAUGGAUUUGAUUGAAUUGGCUCUCAACGAAACAAUCGACAAGCGUUCAAGAAUGAUGACGAAUAAUUUUAUUGCAUCAAGUCUUCGGAAGCAGGCUGAAAUAUGGCGUGACGCAAAAGCGUUCAUCACUGGAAUACUCAUACCACAAAGUAUUCGUUAUGCGAAUACGAACCGACAGCAUAACAACGAACGCGGCGAACGCACUUAG